AUGAGCGACAUUGAAAUUGAGAGCCGUGGCAGUACUGUUGAUAAUGACAGCUGCGCGGACUCAAUCGACUUGAAAGCAAAACAUACGAACACACUCGGAAGCGUUCAGCUUCGGAAUCCAAUUACAAAUGAUAUUAUACUUGUGCCGACUCCUUCAAAGGAUCCCAAUGACCCUUUGAACUGGUCGAGAGGCUACCGAAUCUACAUCGCCAUAAUUUCCUGCGCAGCCAUUUUCCUGGCCCAGUUCUUAGCGGCUGGACCUAGCGUGGACAUGAUUGGCAUUAUACAAGAUUUAUUUGGCAUUUCGUCAACAGAUCCGGGAUAUUCAUCUGCAUUGUCCAAAAUGUCAUACGCAUUUAGUGGCACCUCGUUCGCGCAAGGAAUGUCAAAUCUUGUCUACAUGCCACUCAUCAUCAAAUAUGGACGUCGACCGGUCUACAUAAUCUCGUUCCUAAUAUACGGGGCAUGCGCUCUUUGGGCUGGUUUGGCAAGGGAUUAUAACGAAGAACUGGCGGCACGAAUAAUCAUGGGGUUUGCAGGUGGCUCUGCUGAAUGUCUUGCGCCUCUCACCAUCGCCGACAUUUUCUUCCUCCAUGAACGUGGCCGAAUCAUGAGUUAUUACUCUGCUGCCUUGUCUUGCGGUGUCUCUGGCGGCAUUAUUCUCUCAGGUUUGAUCACAAUCCACCAAAGCUGGCGAGUUAUAUAUUACGUCGCAGCCGGGAUGAUCUGGGCCUUGGUCAUUCUCAUUACGUUCACCAUGCCCGAGACAGCAUAUCAGCGUACCUACGCCGACAUCACAGAUGAAACCGAAACAGAUUCAAACAAAGUCCAAGUAGCCCAUGCGGAAUCUGUCAUCCCAGAGAAGAAGACAUAUGCCCAACAAAUGCGUCUUUUCAACUCACCCUACACCGACGAAUCUUUGCUGACCCUCUUCUGGCGUCCUUUCCCUGUCUUGUUCCUCCCGUCCGUACUAUGGGGAACACUAUGCAUGUCCGUCUGCAUCGGCACAUUUGUUGCCAUCUGUUCCAACUUCGCGACCGCAUUCACAAACACAUAUGGGUGGUCAACCUGGCAAUGUGGAUUGGCAUAUGUCGCUGCUCUCAUCGGUGCCUUUGUCGGUGUUUACGGUGGUGGCUGGCUGUCCGAUGAGAUUGCAGACUGGAUGACCCAACGUCAAGGUGGAAUCCGGGAGCCAGAAAUGCGUCUGCCGACUAUAACCAUCUCAUUAAUUCUAUGCCCAGUAUCUUUGCUACUUUAUGCUGUCGGAAUUCAGAAUUCUUUGCACUGGAUAGUUCCGGUUUUGGGCCUGGGAAUGCUUGGCUUUGUGAUCACACAAGUGUCUAAUAUCGCCAUUGUGUACGCGGUUGAUGCCCACAGACCUAUCGCGGGUGAAGUAGUCGUAUCACAGUUAAGCUUUAAAGCGGCAUUCGGCUUUCUUCUUUCAUUCUAUACAAAUCCUUGGAUUGAUUCAGCUGGAUACCUUAACGCACUUGGGGCGUUGGCUGGUAUCUGCGCAGCUAUUCUGAUUCUGUGGAUUCCACUAUUCCUAUGGGGCAAACAAAUUCGAGUCUGGAGCUUGGGAUUGAGAGUCAUGAAAGGGGUUCGCUGGGGCGAAGAUCGGGAGGUUGGCGAAUAA